UAAUCAUGUCCUUGAAAAUGCAACUUGAUACUGACAGUGUGCAUAUCAGGAAAAACAGUUGGGGUUGCGUCGCAAUACAGUGGGCGUGAAUUUUCCUCGUGACCUCAAAUUUUUUAAUUUACCCUGAUCCACCUGAUACUAGAUUGCAUGAUUUUUCUGCUAUUUAUUUAUCAUGCCAUCUGAUAAAUCGAUUGCCAUCAGAGUCAACAAGUUUCCCAUCGUUUAUUCACCAGGUGAAACAAUAACUGGAGAAGCCGUUGUGGAUUUGGAUGAAGCAGCAACAUGUCGAGGCAUCAGCUUGAGAUUCAAAGGCAGAUCGAAGGUCCAUUGGUCAGAGACAAGGGGUACUGGAAAAAACAGAAGAACUGUUUACUACAGAGCAGAAGAAAAUUAUUUUGGAACAGAAGUCUACGUGGUUGGAAGUUCCCACGGCGAGAUUGAAUUGGUGGGAGGACAACACAUUUUUCCCUUUACAUUUACACUUCCGAUGAACAUCCCCAACAGCUUUGAGCAUAAAUAUGGUGACGUUGUGUACAACAUCAAAGCAGUGAUGGAUAUAGCAUGGGCCUUGGACCCAGAAUGCUACCUUCCAUUCACCGUUUACUCUCCCCUCGAUAUCACCCAAAUACCGUCACACAUCAUCGAAGACGAGGUGCAUGCAGAGUAUUGCUGCUGCAUACUUCCUUGUCUCGGUCAAGGGUUCAUGGAGGCACGAAUACACAUACCAAAGAGUACUUACGAAAUUGGAGAUGAACUUGAUGUUAUUAUUGAGAUUAUAGCAAGCUCCAGGAGUGUAGACAUCCAGGCUAUCCGAUUACGAUUGAAACAGCAAUUAGAAUUUCAUGCCGAGAGUAGAACGAAGUCUCAGGUUGAAGUUCUACAGUCCACCGAAAAACAUGGCCCAUUCCCCACACAUACCCCCAUAAAACUCGGACUGCAGGUGCCCUCGAUCCUCCACUCUGGUUUCCAAUACUGCAAUCUCAUCGAUAUUAAAUACCUCGCCUGCAUCAGAUUCGUAGUUUCUGACUGCCAUUGCGAUACUAAAUCGGAACUUCCGAUCACAAUCGGUUCGAGAUUGGGUGCAAUCCAGGAAGACUCGGCAUCUUUCGUGCCUCCAACUGCUCCAGUGGCUACCCCGACGUCUUCCUUUCCUACUGCCCCAGGAAUGAAUUCGCCAGGAAUUAAACCGAAUUUUGAUACUGCCUCAUAUAAUCCAGUACCAGCGAUCGGCUUCCAAAUUCCAAGUCCUUCUGCGCCUGCGGAUCCUGCAUCACUUCCACCACCGCCGUCCUACGAGUCUGUAAUGGCCCAGGAUGAGAAGAAGUGAACCUCACAGAGAACAUGACAGAGAAUAAAAUAUUUUUAAUACACAUCCAGGAUGUGAAGUGCCUAAUAAUUUUACGUAUUCAUUGGUGCCUGAUUAACUCAGGAGAGCUGGAAUCUCUCACUUUCCUGAUAAUGUGCUUAAUGGCUUAUAGUGAUGAAUUUUAUUUAGAGGAAUACACGAUUUAUAUUAUAAUAUA